AGUAUGACUGAAGGUAUUUACCGUAGACCGGGUCAAGGUUCUUCAGUUUCCGAAUUACUGACGAAAUUUAGGAAGGACGCAUUUGCAGUACAGUUAACUACGGAUCUUUGUACUGAACACGAAGUAGGAACUGCGUUGAAAAGAUUUUUCAGAGACUUGCCAGAACCUCUUUUAGGAACCAAUCAACGACAAUAUCUGUAUGAAGUUUCUAAACAUAAUAACCGAGAAGAAAAGAUAAGAAUGUACAAAGCCUCUCUGGAUCAAAUACCUACCAUUUCCUACAACACUACUAGAAAAUUAAUCGGUCAUCUUCACUUUAUCAGUACGCAAAGUGCCAAAAAUUUAAUGACUGCAGAAAAUCUUGCCAGUAUUUGGGGGCCAACGUUGCUGCAUUAUGAAGAUAGAGACGCCAUUCCAAAUGUUAAUCACAAUCAUAUGUUGGACACUGAAGUUGUACAUCAACUAAUCAAAUUAUACCGUCACAUUUUCCCUGAAGAUCCAGGAGAGCUUGAAAAAGAAAAACACAUGUUAAGGGUUUUGGAAAAAUAUUCUAAAGCACCUCAAGUAAAUGUAUGCAACAAAACGGCGGGAGAUCUGAGAAUAUGGGUGUAUUUGCACAAUAAAGAAGGACAAUCGUACAAUGUUUCAAUUGGUCCCAACAAAACAGCUUACGACUUAUGCAAGGAACUUAGCGGACAUAUUAAACUUCUUGUGCAUGAAUUGGUUUUAGAAGAAAUAAUUUUGAACGAUAAAUUAAUAAGACCUAUACAUUAUGAAGAAAAGGUUCUUGACGUCAUUUUGAAAUGGGGCUAUUGGGACGAACAAGACAGGAAAGACAACUAUUUAACUCUAGCACAUUUAUCAAAAUAUUGGGAAUAUAUAUUGGAAAAACCCUACCCGGUGUCUGGAGAGAUGAGAUUUGCAGAUAACAAAACGAGACUGUUUAAAUUAUAUACUUUUCAAUUUUCUCAAGGAAAACUGACAUGUUUCAAGGACAAAACGGGAGAAAUAAUUUUGCAUUCAUGGAACAUAGAGGACAUAAUUUGGUACUUAGGACAUGAAUCGAAAAGGAAUCCCCAAUCCAGAUGGUCCAUUACCUUUAUAAAUGCCAAUUCUCAUCCUGUUAGAACAAAAAGUUCUCCCUACUUUGGAUCCGUAUUGGUCUGGAGUGAUGCAGCUACGCGUGCCAACUGGCUAAGUGCCAUGUUAAAAUCCAGAUAUCCGAAUAAUUUGGCACCACCGCCUAACUUAAUACCAAUUUAAUUAUCAGAUUGAGAUAAAUCUUCCUUCUUAUGUGCCUAUAAGAUUACAUAGUGAGAGUUCGUAUUUUUUUACCAAUAUUGUAUUAGAAUUAUAUAUUUAUAGAUGAAUAUUUUAUAUUAUACACAAAAUCAAUUUAUAACUAUAUCAUAUUGAUAAUCAAUUUUAUUAAAAAAUAAGUAAUAUACACAAUAAUUUAA